AUGGGUCUCUUCGGCGACUUGCCUCCGCCGUCGAACGCUCCAAAGCCACCAACUCGCGCCAACCCUCCGUCGUCAACGUCAACUCCGUCUAGCAAACCGUCAACUCCUGCCGAACGGCCGGCGGCGGUUGCGCCAAAGCCGUCUGCGCUCAAGUCGUCCCUCAAAGGGAGGGCGGAUGCGCGGGGGGAAGAGGGGACGGGGAAUGUCAGCGCGGGGGGCGCGGGUGGGGGAUCGGGGGACGGCGGAAAGACUAGGAAGCGCGUGGGGAUGGCUGUGGCGGACGAGGCAGAUGGCGACGCCCCCCCGCGCCGGCGGGUGCGCUUCAACACGUUUGCUGAGGUGGCAGAGGACAAGGUGACGUCAGCAAUAGCCAAGAUCGCCGCCCACAUCGGCACGCCGACCAAGUUCAAGAAGGCGGCCGGCCUCGCUCGGCAGCUUCUGGAGGGCGGCGCCCUGAACAGUGCCGCAAACAGUGUUGUGAACAGUGGAGUGAACAGAUCGGUGGAGAGCGGUCAUGCGGGUCUGUUCUUUGGAGUAUUGGAGGCAGCAAUGGGGCUGCUGAGGAGAGAGGGAGGAGGGGCGGGGGGAAUGGUGGUGGGGGCUGCGGGGGACGUGGGGAGUGAUUACGCUGCACUGAUUGGUGCUGCUGUGGAGAGAAAGGAGCUGUUCACGCCGUGGCAGCAGCAGCAGGUGGACGUGUGGGGGCUGCGCGCUGUGCUCACCCAUUCCCUGCGCACCGACGACAGCUUCCAGGUGGACGUGUGGGGGCAUGAGGGCAGGUGGACGUGUGGGGGCAUGAAGGCAGGUGGACGUGUGGGGGCUGUGCGCUGUGCGCUCACCCACUCCCUGCGCACUGAUGACAGCUUCCAGGCGGGCGUGAAGGCACGUGACGGCACAUUCCAGUUGGGGAGUGGAACAGAUGUGGGGGGGGCAGAUGGAGGGGCGGAUGAGGGGGUGGGUUGGGGGGUGCGGUGGGGGGCUCUAGGCAUGAAGGCAGGUGGCGACAGCUUCGAGUUGAGGGGGGCAACAGGUGGGGGGACUGGUAGGUUCUCCAAAGCAGUGUCUCGGGUGCAGCAGGAGGUGGAGCGAUUGCCAGAGGCAGCAGAGGAGGAUGGGAGGGAUACAAUGGGUGUUGCUUUAUCCACCUUCCAUGUGUGCGGUUUUCCCCUUUUCUCGCCGUGUCCUCACCAUCCCCUCCAGUUCUCCAAGGCUGUAUCUCGGGUGCAGCAGGAGGUGGAGCGACUGGCAGAGGCAGCAGAGGAGGAUGAAAGGGAAGAGGCGGGGCUGUUUGCAGGGGUUGCGAUGCAGAUGCAGGGCCGAGAGGGGCAUGUGGAGGGCGAGGGCGAGGGAGAGAGGAGGGACGAGAAGGGGGAAGGGAAGGAGGAAGAGAGUGUGGAGCGUCAGGGGAGCAAGCUUCAAGAGAACAGGGAUGGGGGAGAAGAGGGUGGGGAAGAGAGACGGGAGGAAAAAGGAAGGGAUGAUGCAAAUGCUACAGAUGUUGCUGCAGAUACUGGUGCAGAUGCUGAUGCAGACCCGUUUGGAUUAAACUCCAUGCUGGGUCUAAGUGGGGAAAAGGGAGGAGGGAAAGGAGGUGAGGGAGAGGAGGAGGAGGAAGAGGAGGAGGAGGAUCCAUUUGGGGCCCAGACGGCCAUAGACAUGUUGACUCAGCACGCACACGACCACAGGCGGCGCUUCACCGGGCGGCAGCGGGCGGCAAUCGAGGCGCUGUGGACGAGUGUGAGGCAGCAGCAGCACGAGCGCAAGCACGGGGCGGGACGGGGCGGCACCGGCCGGCUGGAUGUGACUGCUUUUGAGCGCCUGCAGCGGCAUUAUGAGGGCGAGGCGAUUAGCAUCAGGAAAGGGGUGGGGGGCGGUGGGGACAGGAGCACAAUCACCUGGCUGGGGUGA